AUGUCAGACCAAAAGAAAGUCCUCAUCGUCCUCUCUGGAUGUCACUCAAUCGCAAUCCAGAAGAAGGACGGCUCGAAAAUCGAGCAAGAAACUGGAUACUUCCUCAAAGAACUCGCCCAACCCCUCCAGCUCCUCCUCGACAACGACUACUCCGUAACCUUCGCAACUCCCGGCGGUCAAGUGCCCCGCCUCGACACUCUUUCCGACUCUUCCCUCUGGUUCCUAGGGAACUACUACGAACUCAACCGCGAGAAAGAGCUCAUCAAGCGCCUCGACAAGGAGAUCAGCAACCCGCGCUCCCUCUCCUCCAUCAGCGACUCCGAGCUCUCCUCCUUCUCCGGCGUCUUCGUCCCCGGCGGUCACGGCCCCAUGGGCGAUCUCGGGAAAGACCCAGAGCUCGGCAGGAUCCUGAACCAUUUCCACAAGCAGCAUAAGCCCACUGGCGUGAUCUGCCACGGCCCAAUUGCGCUGCUGUCCACCAAGCUGGCCGAGAAUGGCGAGUUCGCGUACAAGGACUACCGCGUGACGUGCUACGCGAACAAGGAGGAAAUGACCAAUGAGUUGAUGUGGGGCGCGAAGCUGGAGACGAAGGUUGAGGAUGCGUUGCGGGAGGCCGGAGCGAAGGUGGAGGUCUCGACAAUCCCGCUGAUGCCGAACGUCGUGCGGGACCGGGAACUUGUGAGCGGUGAGGGCCCGAGCAGCGCGUAUGCGUUUGGACAGGAGUUUGUAAAGACUUUGAGAGAGGGCGUUGUAGUGUAA